AUGCUUCGAACAACCUUCACCAAGACGGCUUCCGUCCGCCCUCUCCGCGCUGCCUUCACCACCACUGUUCGUGCCAUGGGUGAAGGCGACACUGGUGCCCCGCCCAAGACUGGUGGUGUUGGUGACGCCUUCCAGCGCCGCGAGAAGGCCAGCGAGGAUUACGCCAUCCGCCAGCGUGAGAAGGAGAAGCUUCUCGAGCUCAAGAAGAAGCUCCAGGAGCAGAAGGAGCACCUCGAGCGCCUGUCCCAGCACAUUGACGAGAUCACCAAGGACCAGGACGAGAAGAACUAA